GCUUGACCAUAGCAGAGAGAGGGGGAGGUAAGUAAUUAUUUAGGGGGAAGAAAGAAAGAAACAAAGUUGUCGACCGAGCAAGGCACACGGGAAGGAUUUUAUGAACAGAAGCUUCUCGCUUGAAUCUGUCUACGGGAGUGAUCACAACGAGCACUUUUUAACAUUGUUUUUGCGAUCUGCAAACUUUUCCGCUUCAGACCCGGGCAGGAUUUGAGCUUUAAAAAACUGCAAUGAUCAUAUAAUCUCCAGACAAGAGGAGACGGACCUCAGCGCCUGAAUUUUCAUUCAGUUAAUUUCAGUAUGUUUGUGUUUUCUGAGCACACCUGACUCUGAGAUGAAUGGCAGACGCAUGGACGUUCUUAGGGCGAGACAUUCACGCCGCUCUGGAUAAGUAUCCCAUCAAAAUAACUUGAAAUUGCAUGUUGAACUGGAAAACGUUACUAAAACGCAAACGUGGAUCCACACGAGGGCCCACAUAGGAGGCCCUCCACGGCCAUAGGUCACGGAAAGUGUCGCUUGAAGGGAUUGACUGGAGCUGCUCAGAUUUUCUAAACCAAUGGAGUCUCCAGUCCUAUACCUGUGUCCGUGUGUGUUCCACAUGAGGCUAACCAAAUGAGUCAGAGAAGACUAGCCAUGUAUCCACCCAAUCCAUGUCCCUGAAGUCUUAUUUAUAUUUUUGUAUUUAUUCUAAAAGUCUUUUGGCUUUCAGCUACUUUUAAGGCCAGUUUUUAUAUUAUUGUUAUACAAAUCCUCAUACUGUAUUUGAGGAAAUAUUUGCCUACUUUUGGACUUAUCGGUUAAUAUAAAAGGGACUUAACACAAAGUAUCAUUAUGGACAGGCCAAUAAGCAAGUUAUUGGAGAAAUUGAAGCUAACAGACUCUGGCAGUGUGAAAUUCAACAGUUCAAAGAAGAAGCAUGACUCAAGCAGCAACGCAAACAACAGUAAUGCCAACACUCCUGUGUCCACUGGUAGCUCUCUGCCCCCGGCUCCCAGUGCCUCACCCUCCAGACUGGGACAAUUUUCUCUGCCCCCCGUAACGUCCACGGACACUUCUCUCCCAGUGACCAGAGUGCCUCCAGGAGGAGGACCUGGAUCUGGGAUGGUAGCACCUCAACUUCUGACAUCUUCACAGAGCUCUACGACCUUGGCCCCAGACACUGAACCACCACUGCACCCCUCCACCCUGGCACCAGUGAGGCGGCGCUCCCCACAGCAGCGGGCGUCCUGUUACUUUGGUGAAGGCGUUGAUUCCCACCUGAGGCGGGAGUCUGGCCUAGGCCCUGAGUGUGACCCCUUUGGCUCGAAGGUGUCACUCAAUCAAAGACGCUACUCUCUGGAGCUCCAACAGCUGGUCAUGAGGCAGCAAUACCUGUCCCAGCCUCCUCCACUGUCUGUGCCCCCUUCAUACCCUUCCGUCACUGGGUACAGUUCAUCCCCCAGGGGCUUGGGAGAGACUGGAUAUCUUCCCGAGCCUGAGCGACACAAGCGCUUCUCAUUGCAAGAGGCGCUUUUCUACAAGCGGCUGAGCACUGGCAGUGACCUCUGGGAGAGCCCCAGGCCCGCUUCCCUGUCCCACCCUCCUCAACGGCCAUCUGAGGUGAGCGGAGGAGGUAUGGGAGGGGGCUUCUUCUAUCCCUCAGGACCAACCCUCAGCCCCUACUCUUCUCUGAGUCUUCAGGAGUCUGUGCUGGUAAGCCCAAGGUCUAGUUUUGCAUCCAGCACAGCUAGCGGUGGUGGUGGGGGUAGCCCUAUGGGAAGCCGCUGCAGCAGUAACCGGACCAGUGGUAUCAGCCUGGGCUAUGACUCGCGCUACUCAACUUCUGGUGGGCCUACCCCACAGCAGUCCCCUUCUGUCCCCACCGGCUCUGUGUGUGGAUAUGGACCCCCAGGUCGGUCUGGGAUGACCCCUGUAGAGGCCUGGAGUCAGUACCUAGAUGCAGGUGUACCCCCCAUUGGUCAGGACAGUCGCCACUCUUACCCUCCAGCUGUAGGCAGUCCAGCUGCAGUGUGUUACCAGACUGGUGCAGAGUGGUGGGAUGAGCAUCAAGCUGGGGCCCAGGGUAAAGAAGCACUGAGAGAGAGGGCUCGCUACUCUGACCAACCAGGGACCAGGUACCAAGAAGAGCUAACCAGGCUGUUGAUCCGGGAUGCAGCUCUGGAAGGGGAGGGGCUCCCAGGAUCUCUGAAACUGGAGCAGUGUGCUCCUGCCAUCUCCAAACCAAGUACUACACAGGCCUCCACUGCAGGACCAGCCAAAGCCUUAGAAAAUCUAGGCUCCUCAGGGCCCAGAGAGGUGACAGAGAAUCGACAAGAGUACUUUGGGACGUGUGUGAAGUGUGGGAAAGGAGUGUAUGGAGCCGACAAUGCCUGCCAAGCACUGGAGAGUCUGUACCACACUCGCUGCUUCACCUGCGUCUCAUGUGGACGCACCUUGAGAAACAAGGACUUUUACAAUGUCAACGGCUCUGUAUACUGUAAAGAGGAUUACAUGUUUUCAGGAUUCCAAGCGGCUGCGGAGAAGUGUAGUGUGUGUGGCCAUCUUAUUCUUGAACAGAUCCUGCAGGCUGUGGGGAAUUCAUACCAUCCAGGUUGUUUCCGCUGCGUAGUUUGCUCCAAGGCUCUGGAUGGCGUUCCUUUCACUGUGGAUCAACACAGCAAUAUCUACUGUGUUGCAGAUUACAACAAGACUUUUGCUCCUAAAUGUGCUGCCUGUUUACAACCCAUCCUGCCGUCUGAGGGCAGUGAAGAGAUCCUCAGGGUUGUAUCUAUGAACAAGGACUAUCACUUUGAGUGUUACCACUGUGAGGAGUGUGGAAAGCAGCUCUCUGAUAAACCUGGAUCACAGUGCUUCCCACUGGACUCUCAUCUGCUGUGCCACUCCUGCCACAUGAGCAGAGUGUGUGCCCCUCAAAACAUUCCCUCUCACAAUGCACACUGAUCGCCUGUGGAUGUGUCUAAGCUGGUCUUAACAUUUCAAUGUAGUUGUAGCGAAGAUGAGACAAUUUUCAAACUGCUGUUCAGGACAUUUCACCAGCCCCAUGGACAGAUGAUGUGCCUGCUGUAAUUCUUAUUGUUACUGUACCAUCGGGAAUGAAACUACUGUCCAUUUACUCCCAACCCAGAGGUGUCUGUUUGCUGUAGAAGAACAAGGGAUUUUGUUGUGUAUAUACGUAUUAGCAAAACAUUUGCACUUAAAUCUGACUUAACUGUAACAAUGAUUAUGUAAAUUCAUAAACUUGGGAGAAAAGAUCACUGUAAUUUCUGUAUGUAGUAAUAAAUGUCUCUCCAUAUAUUGCUGAUACAAAAACUACCACCAUUGAUAACCAUUUCCAUUUAUUCAUUUCAAUUCUCAGUACAUUCAGCACCUA